AUGACAUCUGUCGAACGUGUGGCUCCAAAGGCCAGCCACGGCGACGGCCACGCGGACAUGACAGAGAAAGGGCGUGCCCUGCGCACGUUAGUCGAGGCCGACUUUCUCGAUGAUCGCUAUGAGACGACACAACGUGGUUUGAAAAACCGCCAUGUUCAGCUCAUGGCUCUCGGCGGAACGAUUGGAACAGGUCUUUUCGUCGGAUCCGGACAAUCGCUUGCAACGGGAGGGCCCGCUUCCCUGUUGAUGGGAUACCUCUUCAUCUCGGCCAUGGUAUACGGCUUGGUCACCGCCAUUGCGGAAGUGGGUGCAUAUCUGCCUGUCCACGGUGGUACAAUGAGUUAUCACGGCUUUCGAUAUGUUUCUCGCAGUAUGGGUUUUGCCAUGGGCUACCUCUAUUGGUAUUCCUUGGGUAUUCUGGUUCCGUACGAGAUCACAGCGGCAGGACUGGUCAUCGGAUACUGGGACACGAAUGCAACCGUCAGCAUUGCCGUCUGGAUCACCAUCAUGAUGGUUGUCAUUGUCGCUCUCAACUUCCUGCCCGUUCGCUUCUAUGGUGAAUCUGAGUUCUGGUUCUCCGGCAUCAAGAUCAUCACUUUGAUUGGUCUGUUGAUGGUCUCAUUCAUUUUGUUCUGGGGAGGCGGUCCAAGCCAUCAGCGUCUGGGAUUCCACUACUGGAAGAAUCCGGGCUCCUUCAACACAUACUUGGUGGAUGGAGAUGUGGGUCGAUUUGUCGGAUUGCUCAAGUGCACGGUCUCCAGUGCCAUUGCAUUCAUCUUUGCUCCCGAACUGAUCAUUAUCAGUGGUGGAGAGAUGGAGUCACCCCGUCGCAAUGUGCCUCGUGCUGCUCGCCGCUACAUCUACCGUCUGGUCUUCUUCUACAUCUUCGCCGUUCUGGCGAUCGGUGUGAUCUGCCCGUACAACGAUCCUCGCUUGACGGUCGGCAACGGGACAGUCAAAUCGUCUCCCUUCGUGGUGGGCAUUCAGAACGCCGGCAUCCCCGUCCUGGAUCAUAUCGUCAACGCAGCAGUCUUGACUUCAGCAUGGUCCGCAGGAAACUCCUUCCUCUACAUGUCUUCUCGGUCCCUGUACUCUCUGGCCGUAUCAGGUAAUGCCCCCAGCAUUUUCAAGGCCUGUAAUCGCUGGGGUGUGCCGUACUAUGCGGUCGGCGCCUCGGCUCUUUUCUCGUGUCUGGCCUACCUGUCAGUAGGUACCUCCAGUUCCGUGGUCUUUAACUGGUUGGUCAAUUUUACCAACACUUCCGGAUUCAUCUCCUGGAUCUGCUGCUGCAUCGUGUUCUUUCGCUUCCGCAAGGCCGUUGCCGCGCAGGGAAUCGAGCAGCCCUACAAGUCGCGCCUGCAACCCUAUGGCGCUUACUUUGGUCUUGGCGGUGCUAUUCUGAUGCUUUUAAUCAACGGCUUCACCGUCUUCUUUCCCUCCGAGUGGUCAGUCAGCAACUUUUUUACCGCGUACAUCGGCAUCCCCGCGUUCCUGGUGCUGUACGCUGGCCAUCGCUUGGUCUACUGGCGUGACCCGUGGGCCUGGCGCCCCGAGGAAGUCGACAUGCAUACGGGAUUACAGGAGAUCAUCGAGGCAGAACAACCGGAGAGACCUCGUGGUCCUUGGUGGAAAUUUUGGUAA